AUGGACUCUACAACAGCCCCGCAGCCGGCCGGCGGGAUGGGAGCCAGCUGGGGUGCUUUCCUCAAGUCGAUUGCGUCCUUCAACGGGGAUCUUUCCAGUCUCACGGCGCCGCCUUUCAUACUCUCAUCGACGAGCCUGACCGAAUUCAGUUCGUACUGGUGCGAGCACCCUUCCGUCUUCGCCGCCCCCGCCAAGGAAACCGACGCUGCCAAGAGAGCGCUCCUUGUGCUCAAGUGGUUCUUGACCACUCUCAAGCAGCAGUACGCUAGCAGGAGUGAGCAAUAUGGCAAUGAGAAGAAGCCGCUCAAUCCUUUCUUAGGCGAGCUCUUCCUCGGCAAGUGGGAGGACAACGCCGGAACCACGGAGUUGAUCAGUGAACAAGUUAGUCAUCAUCCGCCGGCUACUGCGUAUAACAUCACCAACAUCCCCAGCGGGGUCAGACUGGAGGGUUACAAUGCGCAGAAGGCGUCCUUCUCUAAGACAAUCAACAUCAAGCAGAUAGGGCACGCGGUGCUCACGGUUCCCGUGCCGUCCUCCGAGGAGCACGAUACUUUCUUGAUUACCUUGCCGGCUCUUCACAUUGAAGGUCUCAUCUUUGGGUCGCCUUUCAUCGAGUUGGAGGGCAGUUCGUACAUCACGUCGUCCACCGGCUUCACGGCAAAGAUUGACUACAGCGGCAAGGGAUGGCUUUCUGGAAAGAAAAACUCGUUUACUGCCGUUCUCUACGCUACCGGGAAGGAGAAGGAUGUGCUCUUUAACGUUUCGGGCCAGUGGACCAAGACUUUCGAGAUUCAUUCCGGCCCUACAAAGCACAACAGCAAAGACAACCUCCUCGAGACCUGGGACCCCGCCGAGUCGCCCGCCAGCCAACUCAUUGUUGCGCCGCUGGAGAAGCAACACCCGCUAGAAUCCAGGCGGGCGUGGGCCAAGGUGGCUGACGCGAUCGCCCAGGGCGAUCUCGACAGAGUCAGUCAGGAAAAGGGCAAAAUAGAGAAUGCUCAGCGCGAGAUGCGGGUCAAGGAGAGAGCUGAAGGACGCACGUGGCAACGGCGCUACUUCACCGCUCGGAACGAUUCUGCUGAUCCUGUUUUGACCAGCCUUGGUCCAGCUGUAAGCCUUGCGCAGGACGGCGAUGCCGACAAGACAGGCGGUCUAUGGCGAUUUGACGCAGCUAAGGCAGAGGCUGCACAUAACGAACCUGCACUGAGCGAUGAGGAUGCUGGCAAGCUGGCAAGGGAGCUGCUGGGACAAUGA